AGAACAGUCUUCACUUUGAUUUUCUGGCAUAUUAGUCCAUAAUUUUAAAGUUACAGUAACACCUUUAAGUGAAUUUUUGGUGGCAUUAGAAAACCAAAAUUUCAAUUCUACUGCAAUUUAGUGAUGGUGGUGAUGUUGCAGUUGGCUGUGCUGCAGUGUGACCCUGCACAGCAAAGGCUUGGUGGGUGCUCAGUGGCAGAACUUGCAGGUACAGAACCACAAAGCACAGGUUUCCUUCAGCUGGGAAGUUGCCGAGAAAUGUUUGUAAUAGCUCUAACUGGGUAUAGUGUAGGAUAAAGUUGCCUGUGGAUUGAAGUGAAAACAUGAAACAGGCUAGACCUACUGGCAGCCUUCCAGCUGCUUCUCCUCCUUCUUUGCAGGGUUUAUGUUCUUUUACCUUCCCCAGGCCCAGCCUGGGGAACCAGGUGCUUGCUGCCAAUUAGUCUUGUCAAGACAGCCCAGAGCUUCUCUUGACAAGCCUGACUGCUGACAGCAGCUGUGGGGUAGUCUUAGGCAGGAUUUUAACUCCUUGCUUGCCAAAUGCUUCACAGGUUAAAUCCCCUGGUCUCAUUCUGCAGUUAUUCAAAUAGGCUUCUAUUUUAUGAAAGUAUAUUCUAUACAGAAGCUGAUCUAAGAUUUCCAGUGAUGCUGUAGUGAUAGAGUUUACUUGCCAAACUUCUGGCAUGAAAGAAGGUGAGUUGGGAGUUAAGUCAUUAUGAAGGUCACUUUUUAAGUUUAUGGAUGUUAUUAGAACAGUCCAUCUCAGGCCACCUUCUACUUGCUGUACAGCAUAUCUGUAGCUGGCUGACAGCCUAGGCUGUUACUCUUCUCAAUUGUUAUGGUUCUAGAAACUUGAACUUUUGGGUCCAUUUCACUUAACUUUUAGAGAAGGGGUGCUUUAUUUUAUUUUUCUUGCUAAUUGCAUGAAUAGCAAUAAUGCUUUUUUCUAUGUGGUCACGACUGUAGAUACAUCACUAGAGAAAGACCAGUACAACUUCGGUUUUAUCAGUUGGUAGGGGGUGGCAGGUAGCUAGUUUGUGUUGGAGAAUAUGAUCUUUUGCUUGGUCAGGUUAAAAGGACACAUGAGAAGUGGCUGAGUGCAUGAGAAAAGCUCUGUGUACAGGAAGUGCCUGUAAGCUGAUGGGGGGCACAGGUACAGUGGUGAGGGAGAGGUAUUAGACAGGCUGUUGAGGUUUUGAAAAAUGUAGUGAGAAGAAAUAAAGCUGCUAAACCAGUAUAAAUUGAUCCCAGAACAGAAGAAAUGUGUUUGGAAAACAGGCCAUUUGCAAUUGAAUGAAAUGCUCUGUUUACAAAAUAUAUUAAAUUGGAUGUUUUUACUGAGCUAGUCAAGGAUGUGGGAUGUGAUUUGACUCAUCUUUUCAACUUUGCUUCCAAUUUCCUUUGCUUUUAGUGAGGCACAGCUAUUAAGGUAUGCUUUUUCUUAACUCAGAGCUCCCAAGAAUUACAUACAAAUAACCAUUGUAUCACUCUUUGUAUCAAUUUGAGACCUAUUUAUAUUUUAGAACUUUAUACAGGAAGAUAUGCUUCAUUAGUGUUCUUAGAAGUGGAAACAAAUUCUUCUCUGCUAAGGGAGAGCUCCAUAACUUUUCUCAGGGUACUUAUGGCUUUUGCAGAGGUCAUCAAGAGGGCUGCUGUACUUAACUUGAACACUGACUGGAACCAUUUAUUCUGUCCACAUGAAUUUUAAAAAGGUGUAGUGGCAGCUUCUGUGUGAGAAGAGUUAAACAUAGCAAUAUGCAAAACAUUACACUAGGUCACACGAAGUUCUCUUGCAUAGCAGGUACUUUACCUUGCUAACUUAAUGCUUGUUCUUUUGUUUUUUCAAAUGUUAAGGUGAAAUUGACUUGCCUGCUUAGGGUGUAUGGAGGUAGUUUAAAUGAAACCGCUUCCAUUUAAUGUUGCUUGUGUGGAUUUACAUGUUACAAUGAGUGGCCACCAUCAGGAUAUUGCCUAAAUGAUUUGUAGGUUUCUUGACUUGGAAUUAAUGUGCACCAUUGUCUUGAAUUUGCAGUUUCUAGUGUAGAGAUCUACCACUAUGUGGAGUUCUUGGUAAGUCUGUAGAGUGUUAUUUCUGUUUUAAUAUCUGAAACUCAUGUUUGCUCUGAUUGUUGCAUAAUUAGAAAUACUAGCUUUGUUCAUGAUGGUUGUGUUAUUAUCUACUAGACUUGUGUAAGUAGAGGGAAAGGAGUAUUUAAAAAACAGUUGUCUUUAGUUUUGGUUCAGUGCCAUUACUUUGUUUGUCCAUUGAUGGCUUGUCUGCUUCAGGGAUUUUAGAUUUUCUGAACAGAAGAGAAAUGGGUAGAACUGUACAGUACUUUUCAAUCCGGGGUGAGCACAUACAGUCCCAAAAUUGUCCUUCUGGAAACCCAAAGCCUAGUAAGGGGCUUGCAAGAAUGUUCCCACUGUUCAAAAUCUUGGAGCAGUACUUUUGAACUGAAGUUACCAAUGUGUAGCUGCUUGGAAAGAAACUGGCAGAACAUCAGCUGUCCAGGCUAAGACUGCUCUUUGGUCAUUGUGAAUUUGCACCAAGGAGGGGGAGGCGUUUACUUCUUACUCCAGGUUGGAACAAUGGCAAAAUAUCAUUAUUUUACUUUGACUUGGCAGUUUGCCAGCUUAAGUCCUUUAAACUCGCAGCUUUCCUUGUGUUUUAGCAGAAUGCAUCAAGCCAACUCAGAAUUUUAUUUUCGAAGUAAAGAUUUUCUUUCAGUGGCUGAACUUUCAAUGCAAAUGUUCAAAGCAGCAUCUUGAGUAGAGUCCUAAUCUCUCUCUUUGCAGCCAGAGCCCCACAGCUGGUUAAUAUAUAUAGGCUUCAAAUGGAGAUUUCUCUUCAAAGUAGUCAUCCAAGGACUUAAUAACUUGAGCAGAACUAACCCGUGCUGCUGUGGAAGGAAGCAGUCUUGCCCUGGCUGCUGCUUCCUCCCUCCUCAUCUGCUCCUCCCAUGUGUUAACUUGAAUGUUUAUAGAGAAGUCAUAAACCAGAUGGAGUAAAUGAUUGAGACUUUUUCUGAGAAUUCAUUUUAGUCUGGAUCAGUUCCUUGAGCUGGUUGACUGAGCAGCCAUAUGGUGUACAGACCACCUCCUGCACCAGCACAGGUGGCCAGGAAGAGGCUGACGCCAUUUCUUUUGGUUGCAGUGAGUGCUGACUUAGGCCAAUUCUGUGUUGUUGGAAUUGCAGCUCAGUAUCCUUUACUUCUUUUCUGGCAGGUUUGAGUUUUGGUUUGGGGAUUAAAACCUUCAUAUUCAUCUUCCUACACAACUGCACUUCCAGUUUAUCAAAGCCUAAUAGGAAAAAACCAGUAGUACUUUAUCCUAAUAAGGCUUUCAUGAGCACUUGAGACACUUGGCCCCUUUACCUUGUUUAGUUAAAAAAAUAGCAGGUACCUUUUCCUUCCAGGCCUCUAAAUCAGCUCUUUGAGCUGUCUGCAGUGAGCACAUUUUUGAGUGUGUAGAAAAAUGCAUGGUUCCACUCGAGCCAACACAUUCCUUGUUUUUCAAGAAACGUUAUCUCUAGUAUUAUAGUAGUAGUUCAUUAUUUCUGGAAUGUGCAUUGGCAGGGAGGAAAUUGCUUUGUAAUCCUUGGUACUGCCCUUCCUUCCUCAAGUGCGUUACUUCAGACGUUGGGCUUUGCCAGCCUUCCUCACUUUGGAUAAGGUUGAGGAGUGUUGAUGGGACCAGCUCCCUCAGUGCAUCCCUACAGCAGGAGCCUGUAGUGAGCACUGGCAGUGUGCAGAUAGGGCAGUGACCUCUCCAGCAAGCAUCCCUUAAUGGAAGCAAAUGUCUUUAGUAAGUCUCUUGUCACUGCUAAGCAAAUCAUUUUAAGGACUGAUACAAAUAGAAGCAGAGUUUCCCUCCAGUCUUGUCCCUCUAUGGUCCGUGGGGGCAUGCACCAGUGUCGUGGAAGGUGGCAGCUGGUUUAGCUGUGCCAGCUCCUGCUAGCAUUGAACUGAACAGUGUGCAAGGAGCAGGGAGACUCCGAUUUUUCUCCGUCUCCUCUUUUCCUUCUCCUGUCAAGUUACUGGGUUUUGACUUGUAAGAAUUGUCUGGUUUUGUAUUCCUUCAAUGUUUUGACCUUGUUAUCUUUCAAUGUUUUGAAGCUAUCAUCUUACAAAAAAAUCAAAACAAAUCAUCUUGUAGGUUUUUGUUUUUGAACCCGUUCUGUAAGGUAUCAUACUUUGUGCAGUGUAUCAUCUUUGUGAAGAUGGUGCAUUGUUAGGAGUUAAUACUUUGAAUAUAAUAAACCAUACUGAGUAAUUUUUAAAUUGGGUGAAUUGUGAGAGUGGAUUGUGCUCUUUCAGACAGAGCACAGCCUUGACUUUGAAUAGUCAUCCUACGAAGUCACAGGCAGAAAACUCUAGCUAGAACUUGUAACAUUUCUGGAAAGAGUGGUCUGAGUUUUCACAGUAAUCUGUUAAUGUGUGGUACUUUAAAACUACAAACAGGUUGUAACUGUAGCUUUAUUGUGUUGCUCAAAAUUUUUGUUGUCUCAUCAUUUGUGCACUCAGAAUACUUGAAGACUACACUCCUGCAAACUUCAAGCCUUUGAAUGUCUAAAUUUACUGCAAAUGGGAGUAUAGCACUAAGGCUUGCUAGGAACAUAAUGCAGAACAAAAGAAAUGAGAGUAAAUGUUACAGUUGCAGAAGAACUGUGCUUGUGCUUUGAUCUUCGUUUGGUAUAAUAAUCAUGUCCACAACUCAAAGAAGGAAUCUAGCAAGUUCAUGUUGAGGUAUAUUCCCAAGACAAGACACAGUGACUCAUUUGCUUUUCUGGAUAACAUAAUCCAUGGAUAAAGUGGGAAAGAUGUGGAACAAUUUCAAAUACAGGUGCCAGAAUCUCUUUAGUCAUGAGGGUGGAAGCCAAAAUGAGAAUAUAGUUGUGAACUCCAGUAAUUGCUCAUCUGGUAAAGAGAAAGCUAUCCAGAUAACUGACUUGGCUCAGCAACAACCCAGCAGCCCUUUGAGAGAAAACAUUGCUUUGCAAUUAGGCUUAAGUCCUUCAAAGAAUUCGGCAAGGCGGAACCAAAACUGUGUCACAGAAAUUCCUCAGAUUGUUGAAAUAAGCAUUGAGAAAGAGAAUGAUUCGUGUGUCACCACAGGAGCCAGGCUUGCUCGAAGGGACUCUUAUUCUCGGCAUGCUCCUUGGGGUGGGAAGAAGAAGCAUUCCUGCUCUACCAAAACACAGAGCUCCUUGGAUACUGAAAAAAGAUUUGGUAGAACACGAAGUGGUUUGCAGAGGAGGGAGAGAAGGUAUGGGGUGAGCUCAGUCCAUGACAUGGAUGCGGUAUCCAGCAGGACAGUAGGCAGCCGUUCUCUGCGACAGCGUCUCCAAGAUACUGUUGGGCUGUGCUUUCCCAUGAGAACUUACAGCAAACAGUCCAAACCUCUAUUUUCUAACAAAAGAAAGAUCCAUCUCUCUGAACUAAUGCUUGAGAAAUGCCCUUUCCCUGCAGGCUCAGAUCUGGCUCAGAAGUGGCAUCUGAUUAAACAACACACAGCGCCUGUGAGCCCUCAUUCAACUUUCUUUGACACGUUUGAUCCUUCCUUGGUUUCCACAGAAGAUGAAGAAGACAGGCUGAGAGAGAGACGUAGGCUUAGUAUUGAAGAAGGGGUUGACCCCCCUCCCAAUGCCCAAAUACACACUUUUGAAGCUACAGCACAGGUAAAUCCAUUGUAUAAACUGGGACCAAAGUUAGCCCCUGGUAUGACUGAGCUGACUGGGGACAAAACCGUAACACCUCCAGGGAGCUGCGACUCCGAAGAGGACACAACAACGCUUUGCCUGCAGUCACGCCGGCAGAAGCAGCGUCAGAUGUCGGGAGAGAGCCACGGCCAUAUCAGCAGGCAGGGGGCUUGGAAAGUGCAUACUCAGAUCGAUUACAUCCACUGCCUCGUGCCAGACUUGCUCCAGAUCACAGGGAACCCGUGCUACUGGGGCGUCAUGGACCGCUACGAAGCAGAAGCGCUUCUGGAGGGUAAGCCCGAAGGCACUUUUUUGCUCAGGGAUUCUGCGCAGGAGGACUACCUCUUCUCAGUGAGCUUCCGCCGCUACAACCGCUCGCUGCACGCACGCAUUGAGCAGUGGAACCACAACUUCAGCUUUGAUGCCCAUGACCCCUGUGUGUUUCACUCCUCCACCGUUACAGGGCUCCUGGAACACUACAAAGACCCCAGCUCUUGCAUGUUCUUUGAACCAUUGCUUACUGUAUCUCUGAACAGGACCUUCCCCUUUAGUCUGCAGUAUAUCUGCCGGGCAGUAAUCUGCAGGUGCACUACGUAUGAUGGAAUUGAUGACCUUCCUCUACCCUCCAUGUUGCAAGACUUUCUAAAGGAGUAUCACUAUAAACAAAAAGUCAGGGUGCGAUGGCUGGAGCGGGAACCUAUUAAAACAAAGUAAAUGGAAAUCAAAAUAAGCUUCUGGAACAUGCUUUUUUUUGUGUAUUACAGUUUAACUGCAGCAAGCGCACCGACGACGUCUGGCUUUUCUGCAAUGUCCUAUUUAAGCUGAGUGUUAGUAUCCUGUCAGAUGCUGCCUGCUGUUAAUCAAACUAAGUUGUGAUGCCUCUUGGAAACAAUAAGCAGACACAAUUCUGCACGUUUUUCAUUAAGGCCUAAUGAAAAUAUUUUUGCUAAUUUCUAAAUACUUUGUUUCCCUUUUAUAGCUGUAGUAAUUGGAUGAAGAAACUAUGAGGCAUUUCCCAUGGGGCAUUCAUGUAAUGCUAAUAAAGAAAGGCUUUAUCAGAAGAGCAUUUUUGCUAAUAUUUGAAGUAUUUUUUUAAAAUUCUCUUCUUGAAAACUUUCCUCUACUCAAAGUAAUAAUUUAGCUCACAAACAGGUUUCCAAAUACUAGGGAAUAUUUUCUUUUAACGAAGAGCAAUUCAUUAGAAGCAGUCCAUUAAGAGUUAAUGGUGCUUUGAUGCUAACAGAUGAAUCAUGCUUUUCACAGUGUAUAAGGUUUCCUAACCAUUAAGACUUGAAUAUGCCUGCUCAGUACUGUAAUUCUGUUACAAACACUUGGAGAUUUAAGUGGCAUUGUUAGCAAAAGUAAUACUGUCUGAGACAAUUAAAAAUACCUUCCAGUGUGAAUUGCUGCUUCUGUGGCAGGACACAGAAUUAGAUUAUUGCCAUGAAACAUAAGGUUGUGGGUUUUUCCAAAACAGAUUUUGGUGGCCUGACUGCUAGUAACUUACAAUGGAAGGUAAUAGUAGCAAGAAAAAAAAUGUUUAAUUAUUUAAAAGUUGUCUGAUAUUUUUAUGGGGAACAUGACAAGUGGUUGAAUUAUUAUAAUCAGAGUACAAAAUCUGACAUAUCCAAAACAAAUGUCAGGUUUCAAAGGUACUGUUACACUUUAUUUGUAAAUACCUUGCCAUCUGCGCUUUUAAAAAUGUUUUUAAGUAAUAUGCACUGAUGAUAGUUUCAACAGAUUAUUUAGAAACAAGAUUCUAACUUCUGUUUGCUUAUUUAAUUGGAGAUGGAGCUUAAAGUAGUUCUGUCUUAGAUAUUUUGCACUAAAAUUUUGUUGGAAUGCCCUGCCCCCUGUUUAAUGUUUUGUACCGAUUCUGAGUGCUCCCUAGUUUCUUUACCAGCUGCUACAGUGUGUUAUUUCUUACUUCUCGACGGCAGUGACCUGUGCGAGGUAGGAAACAUUUUGGCUGCAAGUACAAUAAACGUUAUUCUUGUAUGCUACACUAACCCUUCUAUUGAUGUAUUUUUCUGCUUGCUGUGCCUUGUUCUGGCUUUUUGUGCUAAUAAAGUACAGUAUGUUCAGUGUUAUACUUGUAUAUCUGCUCUGUUUUUAUAUAUUUACAUAACUUGUAGCAGUUAAUUGAAUUUUUAAUAGGCUUUUCUUAGUAUUUAGGAUAGGUAAUGCACAAGUACUGUGCAGUUGAGUAUUAGUUGGUCAGCACACCAUAUUCCUGGUUUUUGUUACAGCAACUUGACAGUGUACACCAUUGAAUAAUGUUUCUGUAGUCACUGCAAAGUAAUGGACUUGUCUGCAGGCAUAGAGCAUUUUACAGGUUUUUGUAAUGCAAAGGAUAAACGUUAAGCAAAAAGUGUUCUAAAGUAUUAUUUAUCCCCUGUAAUGGUUGCUGAAGGUGUUUCAGCUUGUUAUAUAGGUAACUGCUAAGGUUAAUAUUUUGAUACUCCCCACUGAGCAAGGAAUGCUUAUUCCUGUAAAUUGACAGUACAGCAGCGACAUUUGUUCACUUUUAGGCUAUUUUAAUAAAUAGACGUACACACAAGCUGGCCAAAUGUCCUGUUUUUACCAAAGAAUACUGUCAAUUUAUGUUGGGGUAUUUUUUUAGUUAAAAAAAAAACAAACUCAAGAGUGGAGAGGUGCAAUUUUUGUUCUAUCAAAUAUUUAUCCCAAGCUGUGAUAAACCAAAGUAUUUGACAACUUCAUCUGAACCUAAGUAAUGUACAUUUAUGUUGGUAGAGCCUAAAGCUUUUUACAUCAAUGGUGUCGUCAUUAUUCCUGAAUUCGCAAUGCACCUGAAGAGGAAUGAUUUAAGUAAUUUUGUAAUGGCUGGAACAGCACUACAUAAAAGCUCGUACUGCGAGGGGUUAAUCUGAAGCACCCAGAAAGCACUUUAAAACAUGUGUUUAUAUGCUUGUGGAAAGUUUGUGAUCCCGUUAUGCAUUCUUUGUAGUAGAUUAUCUUCUUUCAUGUGUUAAAAGACUUCAACUGUUAAAAUGGAACUUUGUUUAGAAUAUGUAAAUACUAAGUUUAUGUAAUUAUGUGUACAACUGUGCUAAUGGUCCCUUUAAGUUUUGAAUUGUGUGUGUGUCAUUGGAUAUGCAACUCUUGGUUUAAAAAUCUGCUCUAAGCAUAAAAAGAGGAAAAAGUCACCAGCAUGAAAUUGCACCUAAGUGUACCUUCACUGUGUUGUUCUCACUGUUCCCUCAGUCAGAUCUGAAUGCCAGAUGAGUUUACUAAAUUCUUGCUUUCAAUAUUAGUGUCAUACAGUCAGCCUGCAACCAAGCUUUGUCCCAGUGUAGGGACCUGUUUUUCGUUUACACCCGUUACAGUUGUUUGUCAUGAACUAGCUGUGACAUUGUCAAUGUGGUCAGGAAUACACAUUCAUCUAAUUUUUUAUCAUGUGGUGGAAUCUUUGGGAAAAAAAAAAUAAAAACCCCACACCCUUAUCACAGAAAGUUUGCUCUUGCAUUUGUGUACAUAAUCUUUAUGGAGAGAUUUCCUCCCUUAAAACACACAAAAAAGGAAUGAUCUAUUUCUCUACAACUUUUUAUAAAGCUCUGCUUCACUGAAAUAUACAGAAUAAUUUGCUAGUGUGGUUAUGCUAAAAUGAAUCACUUUUUAAAUUAUGGUGGACUUGAGUGUUGGCACUCCAGUUGCGAUGUAUUUCUUAAUGAAUAUAUUUUCAGUUCUAAAGGCAUUAAAAUGCUAGUAUGUGGAGAACACAAAUAGUUGAUUUCUGGUUUGUGUUCCACAUUCUGGUUUUGUUUAGAAAAUCUUACACAUGUCUUAAAGAGGUGCACAAACCACAGAUUUGGUUUUUUGAAUUUAACAGUAGGAUUCAAUGUAAAAAGGUACACUUAUAUUAUUCCAGUCUAAUUUGGUUAUGUGACAGAUGAGUUUUUGAGCCUCGGUCUUGUCAAGUGUUCUUUUGAGGUGAUUCUCAUUUCUGCAGAAAGAGCUAUAGAAAGGGCUUACUCCAUAGGAGGGUUCUGUGAGGAAUCUCAAGAUAUUGUAUAUCCCCUGGAAUUGGAGAAAGGAAAAUAUACUAUAUUUUAGUAUACAGGAGGGUCUCUGAGUUUAGGAUCUUUUAUCAACUUUAUCAGGUCUAUGGUGUUUAACAAUUUUAAAGGCGUAACUCUUGAAAAUACUCAUAAGGCAAAUAGACACUUGUCUGUAAUUUACUUGUCAGAAUGGAACUUCUGAAGAAAGUAAGUUACCAAUUCAUGUUUUGGAUUUAUGUACUUUUAUUGUGCAUUUGAAGACUUGCUGCUUACAAAAUGAUAGUCCUUAACUCAGAAGCACAGAAUUGUGAAAGGAUGUGUCUGUGUAUCUGUGGUGUUUGACAGUAUGAAGUCAAGCCUUACAGAAGUCAUUCAGAUCCUUAGGUCCAUAUUUAACUUUAAGGUUCUGCACUACUUAGAAACAAGCAAAGAUUCUGAAUGUCUGUGAUAAAAAACCUGAUUGCUUCAGUGUCCGUGUGCAAGCCAAAAUAUUUGCAGAAUGCUUUAAAGCUUGUCUCUGCUGCAGAGCUGCAUGUAAGACAGAAGUUGUCAUUGUCAGAAGUUGCUGAAUACCAGAGAGAUGUCUCUGCAGGGAUUAUGGUUCUUUUUUUCAAAGCUAUCUUGAAAUACAGUAUUUAAUGGAAAAAUAUGAACUGAAUCUUAGUUGAUUCUUUCUAAAAUAGCAUUUCUCCAUUUAAGACUUUUAGAAUUCACAUUUAAAGUUAUUGAAAGCGCUUUUUGAGCCUCAUUUUCCUAAACUGUUGUUGUGAAGUGAGCAUGGAUGUGCCUAACCUUAGUCUGCAAGUAUCUGGCACAUGUAUAUUUAUAUGUUAAUAAGAUGCUUCCAAGCAUGUUUACAUUCAUGGUCUUUUUUGAAGCUACUGAAGUACACCAAUAUGGUGAGCAUUAAUGUACUGGAAUUCUAAAAAUUCUCUCUCAGUUUUCUGUCUGUGCAUGGCAUGCUUUGCAGUUAAAAAGACUAUUUUAUUUGUGUCUUCACCUGCACUUAUAUAUUAUGACCAGUUGAUGGGUAUGUUUUUUCCUGCUAUUGUCACACUUGCCUAAACAGUUGCCUUCGGACUGUGACCAAAAGAGAUUUUUCAUACCUGUUUAUUUUUAAAUAGAAAUCCAAUCAGUUGGCUUUAAAAGUAUUAAUUCCUAUGGAGCGUCAUCUAACACUGCUAAUUGCUCUCCCUUUUUGCAGUAUUAAUGUACAGAGAAUCAUUUAGCUUGACCAUGAGUUGUAUCUGCUGAAUGUAGUUGACUUAAAAUGUCUGAAUUUUAAGCACUUUUUUUUAUUGAAAGUGCUCAUGAUGAGGGCUUUGAAAAGAAAAAGGUUUGAUGUUUUUAUGUCAAGAUACCUAAAGUGAAUGUUUUGCAAUGAGAUAAGGAUCUCUUGAAGAUGCUUUUUAGAAGUUUUCCCCUGUCACUGUGUCUUAAAUCAAGACUCUUUAAAAAAGAAAAAAACAAAACCCAAACAAUCUCUUGAUGACUAAAACCUUACAAUCAUUUAAAAACUGAAAAGAAAUCUGGUGCUUUUACUUAAUUUGCUUGCAUGUUGCCAGACUGAUUUAAGAAUAGUUGCUUCAAGAAGCAAAUUAAAUCUGUUAUUUCAAUGAAGCAUUGCCAUUUAUUAUUUUAUAAAAUAUUCCAUUUACAAAAACUGUCUACCAACAGGAUGUUAACCUGAUACUGUAUUUAUUGUUAUCAAGGUAACUAUUGUGUGUAUGCUUUUCGAGCUGAGUAAGUGUUCACUUUGUAAAUUUGCAUUAAGGCUACAGCUGUUACCAGCGAGGUUCCCUAGGGCCAACACAAUGAAUUUAUGAGCUGAAGCUCCUGGUGCUUGACCCAUUUUUGUCUUCAGUAGGAAAAAAAUGUGUGUAGCUCUGUGCGAUACAGCUCGUGUUACAAAUUUCCAUGUUAAGCACACCGCUACGCUGACAAGCAGAAACAUAUCUGAACUUGCUUGUCUGGAGUAAAGCAACCUCUCUGACUUCUCAGCAGGAGCUGUAACUUGGUGGCACGUUGGCAAAGAGGAAGCAGAAGUAGGUUUUGCUCUUCACUGAGCUGCUGUUAAACUGAACACGGGGUGUGCUUCCUGUGCGAUAAGGUAUCUGAACUCCUUAGAGCCCUGAGAAUUUUAAUGGUGUUUGGAAGAUGCAGAAGCACUUGGCUGCUUUGUCACUUCUUGCUUUUCGUACUUGUAGUUUUGCAAAAGCUUGAAGAGGUAUAUUUACUAAAAUUGAACCUAUGUAGUUACCAACUGUAGAAGCACUGCUUUGUAACAUCUUUACAGAGACAGCAAAUUCCUACACAAUUAUGUUUCAACUGUUUUGGGGAAAUGAAUAAUGACACUGUGGGCACAAAUUAAUUCAGAUUGCACUAUAAACUUUCUUACCAGAAGCCUUCAUUCUUACAAAGAACUAUGCGAUCCCUGCACAGAAACUGUAGCUUUGGUGGUGCGCUCUUUGGUAGAUGUCCAAAACAGCAGCAUCCGGACGGUCCCUGGACCUUUUCUGACAUUCCAGCUGACGGGGCCUGGCAGGCCCGCUGGGCACUCGAGGAGUUGGCUGGCAAGCACGCCAUGCCGAGCGUCACCCGAUGCCAGCACCCUGUAUAACUGUGCUGCUUUAGGUCUCCCCAGCUUAGGUGGUUUUUAACUCGCUGCAGCUUAAGUGUUUCUCCACCCUGCCUAAUUCGUCUUUGUUAUUUGGUUGCCAAACUGUCUUGCAUCUUAAUAGAGUAAGAAAAUCAUGUGAUUUAUGGCUACCCAACCAGUGUAUGAAGUAAUAGAUGGCUCUGUCUUAAUAAACGGGGUGUAAACUGCCA